AUGCGGCUGCUAUACACUACUGGCGAGGGGAGGCUCGAAUGGACCGAUGACUUGAUCGGAGACAAGAUUCCCUCAUAUGCGAUCCUGUCGCACACCUGGGGUGGGCAGGAGGCAACCUUUAAGGACCUUCGGCACUAUAGCAGUAUGGAGGAAGUUGAUGCGAAAGUCAAGGAGGGCUAUCAAAAGAUAUUCUUCUGCGCUCAGCAAGCUAAGCGCGAUGGGCUGGAUUAUUUUUGGGUAGACACCUGCUGCAUCGACAAGACGAACAGCCAAGAACUUCAGGAAGCGAUCAACUCUAUGUUCCGCUGGUAUCAGAACGCAAAGAAGUGCUACGUAUACCUUCCAGACGUUGAGUGCAACACCCCUGAUGCGGAUAGUGAAUCAAGCCGGAGGUGGAAGCCGGCCUUCAGGAAGAGCAAGUGGUUCACUAGAGGCUGGACGCUUCAGGAACUGCUUGCUCCUGCAUCGGUGGCGUUCUAUUCGAAAGAGGGAGAUCUGCUGGGGGACAAGCAGUCUUUGAGAGACACUAUUCACGAAAUCACAGGUAUACCUAUCGAGGCUUUGUCAGGGAAAGAAGUGUCCAACUUUAGCGUAGCUGAGCGGUUCUCUUGGGCGCAUAACCGCCAGACGACACGCCCAGAAGAUGGAGCUUAUUGCCUGCUAGGCAUAUUCGGCAUUCAUCUACCCCUGAUCUACAGCGAGGGCAAAGAGAACGCGCUGAAGCGAUUGGAAAAAGAGAUACGAGAGUCUUUCGACCAAGUCGCGAGUAUUCCUGUUGACAACACCGAUGCUCGCAGCCGAAACUAG